AUGGUUGAGGGAAAACAGCCCACCUAUCUCGAUACUUUGGAGAUCGACGAGGAAUCCGAGGCCCUCGAGGGCUACAUCGUCGAUCCUAGUCGCUAUGCUGAUAAUGCAGUUAGUUUUAAAGACCAGCCCCGACGGGCGUUACGUUCUAAUACCUCAACCUUUGGAUACAACCAACGACCCUAUGAACUAGAGAAGUAG